GGACAGGCAGAGGCAGAAGCAGACUCAGAGCCAGCUGGGCAUUUGCCAUAUCUCAUUUUUAUUUAGGAAUUUCAUAGAACGGGGGAAAAGCUGAAGUAUUCUAGCAGUAGUGUUUUUUUUGUGCGUAAACGGGAUAGGUUAUUCAAAUUCUUAGGAGUUCUGCUACACUUUCAGACUGAGGAGUUUAUUUGGAAGUAGUGUCCUGGGUGGAGUUUUCUUUGCCUCCGCAAGAGUCCCGCAAGGAUUAUAAUGCGAAGGAUUUUGGAGGUUUGGGUCACCUUGGUGACAGUUUCUGCGCUGACCAAGGGGGUCUUUGCAGGAUACGGGCUGAGCAUGUUUGCUGCGCAGUCUUCCCCUCCAGACCCGUGCUAUGAUGAGAACGGGAACCCGCGGAGAUGCAUCCCCGAUUUCGUCAACUCCGCUUUUGGGAAGGACGUUCGCGUAUCCAGCACCUGCGGCAGCCCGGCCGCCAGGUACUGUGUGGUGACCGAGAAGGGAGAGGAGAGGACGAGGGACUGUCACACGUGCGACGCCGGGGAUCCCAAGAAGUCCCGUCCUCCUGCGUAUUUAACAGACCUCAACAACCCUCACAACCUCACCUGCUGGCAGUCUGAAAACUACGUGCAGUAUCCGCAAAACGUCACCCUCACCCUGUCACUGGGUAAAAAGUUUGAGGUCACCUAUGUGAGCCUGCAGUUCUGCUCACCUAGACCCGAGUCCAUUGCCAUCUACAAGUCUAUGGACUAUGGCAAAUCAUGGGUGCCGUUUCAGUUUUAUUCCACUCAGUGCAAGAAAAUGUACAACAGGCAGAAUAAGGCAACAAUUACCAAGCAGAACGAGCAAGAGGCCAUCUGCACGGACUCCCACACAGACAUGCACCCUCUGACAGGUGGACUCAUCGCCUUCAGCACUCUGGACGGCAGACCGUCGGCGCACGACUUCGACAACUCCCCGGUGCUACAGGACUGGGUGACGGCCACCGACAUAAAGGUGAUCUUCAGCCGGCUUCACACUUUCGGAGACGAGAACGAGGACGACUCGGAGCUGGCCCGCGACUCUUACUUUUACGCCGUGUCGGACCUGCAGGUCGGAGGUCGGUGCAAGUGCAACGGACACGCUUCAAAGUGCGUUAAGGACAGAGAAGGGAAUCUGGUUUGUGAGUGCAAACACAACACGGCGGGACCCGAGUGCGACAGGUGCAAACCUUUCCACUAUGACCGACCCUGGCAGCGAGCCACGGCCAGAGAAGCCAAUGAGUGUAUAGCCUGCCACUGUAACCUGCAUGCCCGUCGCUGUCGGUUCAACAUGGAGCUGUACAAGCUGUCAGGACGGAGGAGUGGCGGGGUCUGUCUUAACUGCCGUCACAACACAGCGGGACGCCAUUGUCACUACUGCAAGGAGGGUUACUACAGGGACAUGACCAAGUCCAUCUCUCACCGGAGAGCUUGCAAAGCAUGUGAUUGCCACCCAGUUGGAGCAGCAGGGAAGACGUGUAACCAGACAACAGGCCAAUGCCCCUGCAAGGACGGAGUGACAGGAAUCACGUGUAACCGCUGUGCCAAGGGCUAUCAGCAGAGCCGCUCUCCCAUCGCUCCCUGCAUCAAGAUCCCAGCUGCAUCUCCUACAACAACUUACAGCAGCUAUGAGGAGCCGUCAGAUUGUGAAUCUCACUGUAAAGCUUCCAAGGGAAAGAUGAAGAUCACCAUGAAGAAGUACUGUAAAAAAGACUACGCUGUCCAAGUGCAUGUUCUAAAAGGAGACAAAGCAGGGGAGUGGUGGAAGUUCACUGUCAACAUAAUUUCUGUCUACAAACAAGGUGAGCACCGCAUCCGCCGUGGGGACCAGCUGCUGUGGGUACGCGCAAAGGAUGUGGCCUGCAAAUGCCCAAAAAUCAAGCCUGGGAGAAAGUACCUGCUCCUGGGCACAGAUGACGAUUCUCCUGGGCAGAGUGGCGUGGUGGCAGACAAGGGAAGUCUGCUCAUCCCUUGGAAGGACCUGUGGGGCCGUCGGCUGAGGAAGUUCCAACAGCGCGACAAGAGAGGAAAGUGCUAAAAGUAGCUGGAGAGGAGAGAAAGAGAGAGAUUGAGGGAGAGGUGGAAGGAAAAUAAUGCCUUUACUGAGAUGAAUGCAAGGAAGAGGAGAGGAUGGAUCAAUAAAAAAAACUGGAAGAAUAAAAGAUAGAGAGACAAAGGUGAAAAGUAGGAGAGAUGGGGGAAUGACUGAGUGCUGCUGCUCUGAGUUGGAGCGAAGAGAUUAGUGUUUUUUAGGAACUCUUGUGAAGGAGCUCAUUCUCCAGUUGUUCUAUCUCUAUUUGUCUUUCAAGGUUUGUUUUGUCAUGUAAUUGCAGAGUUUGCACCUACUGUUACAGAUAUGUCACAUCCUGACUAUUUUACCUAUGAUGCUGUUGUUUUUUAAAGUCCCUUGUUCAGUUGUUUUAAAGAGCAAUGCAUCUACUGUAUCACCCUUUCGUGUCCUCAGAGGAUCUAUUUCCACUGUUCUGUGUCCAGUUAAAAGAAGAGUUACUGCAUGGCACUGCAGAACUCCACUCAUGUAUGAUAAGUUGCGCUUACAACCUGCCAAAUUCUGAUAUUGUUUGUAACUGUGGUUAGAGUGCCAUUUUGCCUGAGAGCUGCUUGCUCAUAUGUGAGUCUUACCACAGUGUUGUGGGAACAAAAUACCAUAAUGAUCCUCUCCUCAGUCUGUAUAAUGAUCUCAUUACAUGCAAGUCUUUGUUCAGCGCUUCUCGAUAUAUCAACAGCAUGUUGUGGCUGUGACCUCUGCAAUGUAAAGUAACCAUACGUGCAUACAUACAUUAUUAUAACUAGAUGUAGAGUUAGAGAUGUCAACCAUGCACUUAUUUUUACUAGUCAGAUGUUUUAGAACAUAGGAGAUAUGUUCACAAUUAUUUUUUAGAGUGGCAUCCAAAAAGAAACGAAUCCCAUACUGUACCAUAUUAUGCAAAAAGGCUGUAUAGUUCAAAUCCUGCUUGCCUCAAUAAUGACUGUCCUGUAUGGGCUGAUGUAUCUGAUUAACAGUAACAGCUCUGUUCAAAUGUCACACAACUACAAAUAACUCAGAAUUUAGUGUUUAUUCUCCAGUAAAGGACUAAAUGUAAGUUGGAUGUCCUAAAAAUUUGCAAGUGACAGCACUGAUGAAUUCUCACUUCAUUAAAAGAAGAAAAAGAGAAUAUCGACCCCUCAAGCAAUCCUCGUACCACUGACAUACUGCAUGCUCACUAUUUACUGUAGCUGACUGAUAACUGAUAAAAAUUGAUUGUGAAUUAUUUACACAUUUAAUUUGUAAACUUAUUCAGUGUUGUGGGAAAAUAACCUGUGGAGUGAUAAAAUAUCACAGAUGUUUAUUGUGUAGUGUGUUCAGCACGCUGUCUGUCAAAUGUUCGUCACCUCAAAGCAACUUUUUGAGGACUGGAUUCCAUUAUUAAGACUUGGUACUUGACAAAAAGGCAUGACCAAUUGUCUACAUUUUAUAAAGCUGUAUAGUAUUACUUUUUUGUUUUUUCUUUUGUUAAAAAUUAACUAGAUCUAUCUCUAUGUUAACCUAACCAGUUUUAAAUACUAGAGGCUUAAUAAAUGGAAAGACAAAUAAAUGUAUGUCAGACAAAUUUUAAAUUUCAUGUUUACCUGAAUAUGUGCACCAGGAGGAUCACACACUCUCUCACACCUUGGGAGACUUUGAGUGAGUUUGACAUACACAAAAACAUACAGCACACUAACACACCUAAUAGAGACAUGUACACAAACAUUCACACAGAUACACCGGUACACCUUAGUACUCUGUGCAUCAUACUGUAUGUAUUUGAAAUUUACAACGUGUUAAUAAAGUCUCUCUCAACACAUCUGUACCGACAAAUUUCAACUUGUUUUGCAGGCGUUUGCAAAAAGGUACACCCUAAUAGACUUCUGCUCUCCAUCAAUAUUAUGUCUGAAUAAUUAUCUGCCCAUGUUUAUACAUAGGCCUGUAAAUGUUGUUUAGCAGUAUCCAUUGCAAAUGGUUGUGUAAUGUCCUGUAAUACUAAUAUAUUAUGUUUAUCACAAAUGAAUAUAUUUAAUGACACAUGAAACAAUGUGGCUUAUGUGGUUUUUAUUUUUGACCUUUUAUUUUUUACUUUUUGCAUUGAAUUGUAGAUGGCUGUAAUGAAAAGUAUUGAUAAGUGUUUGGCUAUUGAACAGCCUGAUAGAAUUGAAAAUUAAUUCAUCUGAAAUAAACUGUGUAUAAACAAAAUGAAGAUGAUCCCAAUUGAAAU